CGUGUGCAUUAGUGGAAUGGAUCAGCUCUCGUUGCUCCUAAAAAAAAAUACUUAACGUUUAAAUAAAAUUUUCUGAAUUCUAAUAAUCAUCACAAACCUUAUUCCAAAAAAAAAUUGAAAAAUUGUGUUUUCUUGAGUGAAAAUUUAUUAUAUUGCAAGUUCAUUAAAAUAAAAGUGUUUUUCGUCCUAGGAUUUAUUUUUCAGCUUGAUUUUAAAAAAAUUCUUCAGGAAUUACUCCAAUUCUUAUCUCACACGAUAGUCAAUAUUCUCUUUGAAUUCCAUAUCACUUGCGGAUGCCAAUUUACUCGGAACUCUAUCAGUUUUAUUACCUACUUUUUUUUUUUUUAAAUAGCAACAAUGUCGUCCAGUGUGCAAAUUCGAGCUAUUGAUUACGUACAAAUGUUGUAUGAUAAUCUCGGAUUUGAAGAUCAUAUUGUUUGGGAUUCCUACAGGCGGGACCAGAAGGAAAGUCUUAGGAGUAAAGUUUCACUAACCCUUGGACUUCCUGAAAAACCCGAGAGCUCUGCUGAUAAUUCGAAAAAAAAAGACUAUGAAAAGAGAUUGAAAGCUGUUGAGAAUAUUUGUGAAAACAUUUGGAGCCAAGCUAAAUAUACCGGAGGACCAAUUUUCAUGGCAAUUUCUUGUGUUUGCGCCGUACCAAGAAAGGUACUAACUGUGGGUGAGGCACAUUACAGCGUGGAUUUUGCCGUUUUGCCGAUAUUCCGAGUAAUGAGGUGCAUAAAUGAUUUAUCAACGGAAAAAUGCUGCAUGACCUUUGUGGAUACUCAUGGUAGGGUGUACCGGAAUUGGGAAGCCUACAAGAAUGAGAACAUCAUUCCUGAUUGUUUUAUUGUGGCCCCAAAAAAUGGCAUUCUGACUGGUAAAAAGGAUUCAAAUGGAAAAUGGAGAGUUCAGACGGAAAAUUUCCUAUCGCCAGCUGGCCGUAUUGGAAGAAAAAUUGUUAAUGGUGCGGAUAAAGCAUGCAUGGCUGUAGCUGCUGCAUCUACAGGUCUUCUAGUGGGCUCAUUUUUUUGUCCACCGAUGUUAUGUGUUAUGCCUUAUGUUACUAUUGCGGGAUAUUGUACCACUGUUUGGGCUGUAGGGAGAUCAGCUGAAGAGCUUUAUGAUCGAAUUAUGCACGAACAGUCAGUAAGCUUGAAAGAUCCAAAUGCAAGAAUGUUCUGGAUUACAACUGUAGCUGGAGUUUUAGGUCUUGCCGCAGGAGCCUCUAUGAUCGUCUUGGGCAGCUUGGCUAGCAAUGGCCAUGUCAUCUCAUCAUCAAUAGAGUGCCUAGUUGAUGGUCUCAAUUGUACCAAUAUAGGUUUCGCUGGCCUUGGGAUCGUUAAUGGUAUCUUCCAUGUUGGCUCCUCUGUUCUCAAUGGUGAACCUGUAUCUGUACUCCAAGUGGCUCAGAUCAGUGCCCUUACAUUCGUCUUCUUCCAUUCAGUAUGCAAUUUUCAACGGGCUAAAACAAUCAUUGAGAAUAAUCAAAAUAGAACAAUACAAGACCUAAAGGAAAAGCUUGAUAGCAUCAAGAAGGGACAAUUUGAACAAUUGGCCGAGAAGAUGAUGUCUUCAGAGACGGGCUCAGCAGGUAGAGCAGAUUUCAUUCGUUCACUGAAAAGUAUUACAGUGCACAAGGAAAUUUUCUCCAACAAUUUGCCUGCAAAUGAGGUUUCAAAAAAUACACAUGGAGUUGUCGGAUCUGCUCUACUAGGAGCAACUAAUUUGCUUCUAGCAAUGACGAAAGAAACUUCAAUUGAUCGGAAAGGUAUCACAAUUGGACUAGCAAAUGUCGCUAAAAAGCUCAAUGAGAAAGCCUUUGAGAAGUUUGUUCAGGUCGUGAAGAAUUUUAUUCAAGAGUACGGGGAUGAAUUUGAAAGGCGUGCUAGAAGGAAGAUUCUUCUCAAGGAAUAUAUUGAUGCAAUUUUUGAGAAAAUCGAGGAAAUUGCCGAAGAAAUGAAGGUAGCAGUCGAUAGAAUUAUUGACCAGCUGAGCACAAGAGUUGAAGAAAAUUUCUUUUUCAAUAGAGAUAUUCGAAGGGAAUUCGAGGCUCAAUCUUAUCCAGAACCUAAUAUAGAAUGUUCUGUUUGUGUGGGAAUGUUCUGUGGCGAAGAACCAAAAUCGACAAAAAAAUAUUUAAAAUUGAAAGAAAAUUAAAGAUCCGAUUUUUCUUUUUGGAAAAUUAUCGAAAAGAAAUUCCAUGAAAGAACCAAUUUUUUGCAUGAUUAUAAUAUUAUUUACAACAUUUUCCACACCAUAUUUUUUUUUGAUUAAAUAGAAAUUAUUCUUUAAUAAAAGAAAAAACAGUC